GCGAGAGAUAAUGGAUGCACAGGUCAGCAUGGUUGGUUCUAGAAGUGCAGAGAAAUUCAAUGCGGUCCAGUUGUGGCCUAAGCUCCAAAGGAAUGUGGACAGCAUUACUUGUCUAGGGCCAUUGAUAGAUGGGUGUUACAUUGCUUAUCGGCCCACAUACGAGGUCAAAUUUGAUACUCACCCCUCAAAGCCAUGGAUUAUUUUGGUAACUGGUCCUCAUACCCUGGAGGUGUGGAACUAUGAAGACGGGAAUCAAGUGGGCUCUUGGCGGGUCUUUGGACACGCGAUCAAGGUAGCAAAGUUCAUGACGCAUCAGAAAGAAUGGGUUGUUAUGCAUGAUGAUCAUGAACUGAUCUAUGUGUAUGAAAUUCAUUCUUUCACUUCUCAACGAGGGUUGAUGUUGCUGCGAACGAUCCAGUCGCGAGGGACUUAUGUCGCGGACAUGGCGACCCAUCGCAACUCGCCGUACCUGCUGACCGGUUUUCGUACCAAGUACGUGGAACUGUGGGACUCGGAAUUGGGGGGAUGGAAAAGAACUGCACUCACAGGGCAUUCUAAGCCCGUGGUGUUGGUCACAUUUCAUCCACAUGACGCGAAUAUCUUCGCAACGAUAUCGGGCGACGCAAUGGUAAAUGUAUGGGAUAGCCGAACAAUGUCCACGGCGCAAGAACCCCUCGAGGUGUGCGGCGCGAUUUGCAAAACCAUGCAGUUCUGCCACAAACAACCGAUGCCAUUUUUGAUCCUCGGGUUUGUUGGAGGCCUGAUACAGAUCUGGGACUAUUGCAAAGGAGUGUGCGUUGUGAAGAUGGAACACACGACGUCGCAACCCCUCAGGGUCGUCCUCCGGGCUGCGUUCUACCAUCCACGUCUGCCAUUCAUCUUCAGUGCAUCGGAAGAGGGAAUCGUUAAGGUUUGGUCGGAAUUGGACUACACCUUAAUGACUACCUACACAAGCGGAUUGAAAAGACUCUGUAGCAUGGCAGCCGGUCUCGACUCCGAUACGAUUGUACUUGGCGGCGACAAAUCGUUCGUUGUAGUAGAGGUGGCUGAACUCGUUAAAGACACAGAAAGCGUAGCGGUGCAGCAAACGCGCUCUCACGGCCAGGGGAAUGACCAGGGGGAACAUGUCAUUCGGGUCCAGGGCAUGGACGAGUCAUCCUCGGCGUCAAUGCGGAAGCCGGAGGAGAGGAAGGCCCUAGAGAGUAAUGCCGACUCUGAUCAUUGAUCGGAAGAUCGCAGGCUCGAGCCGCGACAAAUAUCAGAUAGAGAUGGAGCGGGGCACAGAAACGUCAAGCGAGCACUAGCGAAG